UGCUAAUCAGCUGAUGCGCUGCAGCCUCUAUUUAACUCGCGCUCGCUGCUUGCGCACAUGGACCCGGCUCUACAUCACGUACCAUGGCUCCGCGCGAGAAAAGUCAGCCGCACAUCAAACCGUUCAAGCUGAGGAAGAGUUUAGCAACGAGGAAACGGGAAGUGGCGGGCAUCAGGGCCAAGUUCCCCAACAAGGUCCCGGUAAGCGCGCGGUGGGGCUCACGCGGACCUCGCUGCCCCACAAUCGUGCCCACUGACUGUAACGUCUGCUUGUCUGCUUGUCUGGGUGUCAAUAAGUUUCUGUGGGAGUUUCCUGAGAAAGCUGCACACCAGCUCCACAUGCUCAGGACCCGCGUGGCGCUGCUGCCCAGCCAGGCCUUCUACCUGCUCAUCAACAACAGCGGGCUGGCCAGCAUGUCGCUCACCAUGGCUCAGGUGUACAAACAGUACCAGGAUGAGGACGGCUUCCUCUACAUGACCUACGCCUCGCAGGAGAUGUUUGGACGAUGAAGCUCGUCCUGCUUCAGGUUUUAUUCCCGUUACAGGCUGCUCGCCUCCAGCUGCUGUAAAGACA